UGACAAAUUGUCCGUGGCCCAUGUUACUGAUGGCAACAUGGAGAUUGUUCAGCCACUCAAGACGACUGCUACACACGUGAUUGUAAACGUCACACACCUCUCCCUCUUUGGCCUCAUCAGGGAUGUGUUCUCCUUCCUCCCGGUCCGAAGCCAGGUGCUGCUGUUCCUCCGACCACAAGGGAACAGACCCCAGAAGAGCAUACUGAAUGUUAUUUUGUUGCCCAGAAAUGUGCCACUUUGUGAGGUGAAACAUCAACAGAAGGGGAGUACUUUCAUUAAAACCAGCUCCAACUGCACAUUGACUCCUAAAGGAAAAUAUGGUCUCUGCUGUGAGUUGGUGGCAAAUUCUACCAUACAGCCAAAAAGUGGGGAGUUUGACUAUGACUAUAGCCCAAACUUCCACCCCACAUUUCAGGUGUUUUUAGACUGCAUGUCGGGUGCAGAGAACAUCAGACUGAGUCUUUUAGACAGAGGAAGUAACGACCAAAGAGUGUGGGAGUGUCUAGUUCCAACAGAUUUCGAACCACCUCAAGUCAACCCGAUCAACCCUAAUCCAGGUGCUGAGGCUGAACUGAAGCAGCUCUCGGGUGAGGAGUUUGUGGAUAAGCAUAUGGCUGAUCUCAUUCAGAGGGUCAGGAUGGUGGUGCAUGUAGCAGAUGACCUGCUUGUGGAGGAGAUGAUCCCAGAUGAAUUGUACUCAAGAAUCCUCAUGGCUUGGCCCAGUCAGGAGCAAAUGAGACUACUGUUUGAUGCUGUACAAGCAGGAGGAACAAGAGUGAAAUCUGCCUUCUACAAAGCUCUCCUUAACCAUGAACCUUGUCUUGUCCAGGACCUGGGUAAGAUCAAACUCCUCCUGUCCCCUGUAGCUCAGUUGGUAAAACAUGGUGCUUGCAAUGACAGGAUAGCGGGUUUGAUUCCCAGGUGCACCCAUUUGUAA